AUGCUGCACGUACGCACAAGCAUAACCUCGCUCUCCUCGCGGUUGUCUGGCGAAAAGCCACUCCCCAAGCCGCUCUACUACACCAAGAUGAACCCGGAGGAGCAAAUCCUCCACAACAUCAUCGGCGAAGAAAAGUUCGAGUACUCUCGUGAUAGCAAGGGCAGGAUACACAAGCACCACAUGUCCUAUACCGAGCGCCAGCACAAACAGCGCUUGUUCUACGAGUCGCGUGUCGGCCACGCCAUUGUGGGCGAUGAAUGGAUGAGGAUGAAGUUGCCUUGUCGGGGCAAUUAG